AUGGCAAUGUCAAUGACUUUAUGUUUACUUGGCUCAUUGUUUGUUCUGAUGCAGAAGUAUAUAAGGAUGAUCAUGAACAACCCAAUUGAGUUCAUCAGAGUUAUACUACUGACACUCACAUUUCUCUCAUUGAUCUCUUUUAACUUGUCCCUAUUUCUGUUGUUUUUGGUACUGUUCAUCGCCUUCCCUUUAACACUCACUGAAGUCCCAACAAAUUUGUCAGAGAAGUUCCCGAACAAAUUCAGAAACGAAAUUAUGGCAGCAAUAACUCCCUCUAUGAAACCAUUCAGCAUGCCAAUAAAAUACGCAAAUGGGAUAACACAGACCAUCGUUUCUGGUGCGUCGAAAUUCAAAAAGGAUUAUAUCCCUUUCAACCGUGAAAUGAUUGCUGCACCAGAUGGUGGAGAAUUUGCACUUGACUCUGCUGCACAUCAAGAAGAUUUAAGUGUGGACGCGCCUAUCAUUUACAUUCUCCACGGACUGGCUGGUGGGUGUCGUGAACCAUACAUCCAACGCUUUGUGUACUUUGCAAUGGAGAGGAAGUACAGAAUUUUUGUGUUGACGAACAGGGGAUGUGCGGGAACGGUAAUGAAAACGCCACAAGCGUACUGCUCUAUUUUCUUUGAUGAUGCUCUUCAAUCGCUGGAAAUGGUCCACAACAAAUACCCAAAUGCUCCAAUUCAUCUGUUAGGUUUCUCACUUGGUGCAAACACCGCACUUGGCUUGGCAUCGCGAUAUAGUAAUACGAUGGAGGCACUGAAUGUGUCGAGUGCUGUUGGGAUUUCUUCGUCACUGUUUUUGAUCAGUAUCAUGUUGUCCAUAACACCAGCAUUGGACCAAGUCUUCUCGAGUUUUGAACUGAAGUUGGUACAAAAGAACGUUGAAGUCUGGUUGGACGCAAUCAAGAAGGAAAAGAUUUUUGCGGAUGUUGAGAAAAUCAUGGUAUCGAAAACAAUGAAACAGUUUGACGACGGGUUUACGUCGAAGGCAUUUGCACUGGGGCAACCAAGCAAUUAUUACUACAACGUCGAGCAAAUCCACCACUUCAUGCGAAACACACGAAUACCAUGUUUAACACUCAACGCAGAGGACGACCCAGUUGCGAUCAUGACAGAUCAACUCUUUGAACGAAUGAAGAACAUCGCAUCGGUCUCCCCAUUUUAUAUCCCACUCAAAACGAAGACAGGUGGUCAUCUCUCGUGGACAUUUGAAGAAGGAAAGAAGGGAUAUUAUGACGACAUUUGUCUCUCGUUUUUCGACAAGGUGAAUGACUUGGUGAAGUGUGGGGAGUUGAAAGCAAUGAGGGACGAAUUGGUGCCGCAGUUGAAUUAA